UGUUUUCAUACUUUUCACAGCAAGUGAAGUUCGACAAGUGAAACUCAAUAUGCAGUCUCUCAAGUCUCUGGGACUUCUUCUCAUUCUCCAUCCUUUCUUCAGGGUUGACGCUCUUGAGUGCUACUCUUGCCUGCAUUCCACCCCCGAAGACUGCUUCCGGCCCAAACUUAACGGGCUCAGCGUGAUGACCUGUCCUUCCACCUUCACGCACUGCAUAAAAAUCGUGGGAAAUUCUUCCGAUGGCGUGUGGAUGACGAGAGACUGUGGACCAGCUGAAGUUUGUCAAGCAAUUGAGGUCGUCAAAGACGUUACGGAGUGUCACAUUUGCGAUAGGAAGCUGUGCAAUUCCACCUCCUUUGCAGAUAGUUGCUGCUUUUUGCUCAUUUUGGCACUGGUUGCAGCUCAGCUCAGGUGUUUUGUCAAGUGAAUCUUGUCGAUUCACUAAGACAUCGACACGACUGAUAAGGAGCUCACUCAUUGAACACACCUUAAUCUCUGUGACGAUUUCCCACAAGCGAGUCUCACUCACGAGCACUGAUAAGAUAUUGAGGGUAAACGAACAAUGUUAAGCAUGGCAAAAUGCUGUGAAAUUUAAUAAAGAUUUCCC